AUUGUGUUCAGUCCCAGUUCUUGAACACUAAAUUGAAGAGUCAGCAAUGUCUUCUUCUGAUGGAUCAGUAGUUACUGCAAAAGAAACUUUCCAGAUACUGAUGGAAAUGUCAAAACUUUUAAACACAGGGCUUGAUGAAACAACUCUAGCUCUGUGUGUUCGACUGUGUGACAAUGGAGCCAACCCUGAGGCUCUUGCUAAGGUCAUCACCGAAUUACAAAGAGUCAAGAAAGAAGUUAAUGGUCAAGGUGGCGGAGCAGCAGCGACAUAAGAGCUUAUAUAUUUGAUAAAAAGAAAUUACAGUACAUGUUCCAGUAAUGUUCUUGACAGAGAAUACCAGAUGUUUUACUAAAGAAAUGGGCGAGUGUGUUUCUGUAUGAAGAUAUUCAGUGUUCAAAAUAAGUCAAUAUGAUGAUGUUUGAUGAGUAAUCUAAACUGCAAGAAAUGUUGAGAUGAAGACAAAAAAAAAAUUUAAUUUA